UCUAAAUUUGGUAUCGCGCCAGCCGCCUUCAAAAUUAUGGAUCACCAACGUUGCUAUUUGUUGUUUUAUCGUCGCCACCAAUUCAACUGACAGAAUGACUUUGUCGGUAGAGGACUGCAUGUGCCCGAUAUGCAUGUGCAUCAUGGUAGAGCCGGUGACCAUGCCGUGUAAACACACCCUCUGUUACCCCUGUUUCAAGCAGAACGUUGAGGAGGCCAGCCUGGCCUGCCCCAUGUGUCGCGUUCGGAUCUCUGUGUGGGCCCGACGCUCCUCAAAAAAUGGAACCCUGGUCAACAAGAAACUCUGGACGCAGAUUCAGCAACUUUUUCCGGAAAAAGUGGAAAAGCGACAGAAAGGGCUAGACGACAGCAUAGAGGAGCCAGUGUUUCAGCCAGUGAUCAGCAUUGCACAGCCAGGAGAAAUUCGCAAAGAGUAUGAAGAACAGUUAAAACGGCUUGAGGCCCAGAGAGAGGAGGAGCGCAGAAAGGAACAGGAAGCCAGCGAGGCCCUGAUCAGGCAACUGGAAGAGGAGGAGGCCCGGAGGAGGGAACUCGAAAACAGGGACAGGGAACUAGCCAAGGAGAUCAGUCAAGAGGUCAACCAGAGUGCUGGAGGUGAUGACUCGGUGUGUGUGGUUGGUGAGGAGAGGCGACACACAGACAGACAGACGCGUAGUGUGUCCUCCACCUCCUCCUGUAGUGCCUCCAGUAGCCGACCCCCCUCCACCAUCGACUCCAUGCUCCGAAAAAUGAGGGAGGCUGAAAAACUCAAAGCGGCCGAUGAGGUCAACAGGAAGGCUAUGUCACCGUACCCGUACGCAUGUGUCAGCCCGACAGAGAAAUCAACAAGACAGCUAAAAACUAAGGACGGUGAGACAUCACCUUUUUGUUAUACCCCAACAGAAAAAUCUGCCUUGCAGAACAAAGGGAGAGAACUUGUGUCGAGGAGUCUGUCUUCUGCUGGGUUGUCUUCACGCAGCUGUACCAGUGGAAGCGGAAUGGAGGAUGUGGAAAUCGAUGAGGAUCUUCCAUCAAAGUAUGUGUCCCUUGGUCUUCCUUCAUUAGAGACAACCAUUGAAAACAUAGAUGAGCGGAGUGAUGGUGAAAUGUUUGAUAAAGACUCGGUGGAGGUCGUCGAAAGAUGCCUUAGCUCAGACAGUGUGGACAGCAUCAGUCACGAAAUCAGUCACUUUCGACCAAUCAGGGCCUGUCCUCUGACUCCGCCCCGCAAACUUGCAAGCGGGAAAAUUGUGGAGACCCCCCUGAUCCGCACCACCCCAAGAAAUCUGAACAAGACUGAGUUUGGAUCCCCCGUGAGAACUCUAUCAGACCUUGAUGCUUCUAGUCCAAUUAUGCAGAGAAGGCUGUCGGAGUUGGAGGAAGAAAGGAAGUCCAUUGUGAACAAGUUGUCCAAAUCCACUUGCACAGACGCAAAAAACAGCAAAAAAUCCAAAACAAUGACAGGAAGUUGUGAUUUAGAUGAGAAGUCGACUGAAAAGAAUCAGAAAGGAGAUCAUCAUUUAACUGCUGUGAUUGAUCUAGAAAAAGAUAAUGAAGUAAAGGAAAACCAAGAUUCCAUACCGAGCAAGACCAGAAAGAACACAGUGGGUCAAGAGAAAUUGGAAGGGAACAAAUACCAACUGAAGAAACUUGUGAUUCCAUUGGAGCCCACGUUUGACGAGGACGAUUUUGACAUUCCACCCAUGAAGGAGAACAAUCCAAAAAGCAUCAACAGUGAUUCUUUUGGGAUGCUGAGAAAUCAAUCCCCAGUGUUAACAAAAACCAAGAGUCCAAGUGUGCCGAAAAAAUCUAGAAAAGUUUCAGGGAGAACAAAGCCAAGCUUUGGAAGCCCUCAAAGAACUAUCACAGACUGGAUUAAGAGGUCCCAGGAUUGUACCGGACAGAACGUCUUUCAUAUUGAGGCUAAUUGUCGAGACGAUGUGGAUGGUGCACCAGCUCAUAAAACAUUGCAUGGAGAACCAGUUAAGGUUUCACAGUCCAAAGACGGCCCAGCAAAGAGAGGGAAGAAAGAACAGAAGAUUGUGAAAUCAUAUCCGAAGCGAGUGAGAAAACCGUACAACCCUGAUCCCAUGUGGACAAGUGCAUCUCACAGUGGACAAGACGUUGGGGUGGAUGAGUGUUCAAGAGACAGUAUCAACGUGAGUGAUGUUAUUGACGAGGAGAAGGAGGAGUUAAGCCUCACUUUAAAAUCAAAAUCCAAAAAGAGAACAGCUUCAUCAGUAAGCGAUGAGAAAUCCAAAAAGAGAAGGAAACUGACAGACAAGCCCACAGCUAGUUCCAAACUGAAGCUGCCCUCAGCCAAAUCUAAACUUAAGACUGUACAACAUUCACGAGGGAAAAACUCCCUCUUUAAUUUCUGUACUGACUCAAACUUGAAGCGUGUUAAAGAGGCGAUAGAAAAUAACCAAUGUAUGCAGGAAGAUGCCGAUUUUAGAGUGAGUGAUGAGAGUGGCGUGGAUAAAAUGACCCAGGAAAUGUUAGACCGGAAACUGGCUGAAGAACUAGCCAAGCAAUAUGAGAUGGAGGUUAAAACUGGGUUCUGCUUUUUCAAACUGAAGGGGACAUCAGAGGAAUACAAUUUCAGAAGGAAACCAAAGCUAUCCAUAUGAGCCCCUGUUAUUUUUCUGACUAUGUAAACACACAAGUUUGCUUUCUUUUAAGGUGUCUUUGAAUUAAUGGUAGACCCGCUCAGAAUGACAAUGAUCGUAAUAUGAAGUUUGAAUUAAAUAUUUCAUGAAAUUAUGGGGGAGGGGUUAAUAAAUGCUGUAACUAGGGCAACAGUAAAUAAUGUUCAAUGCAAGUGGAAUUGCAAUUUACAUUGCUUAUGCAAAAAUGUCUCCAUUGCUUGAUAUAUAUACAUUCAUGCAACUUGCUUUCUUGAUAUGUAUGCUCGAUGCUUAGUUUACACCCCAAAUAUCUUGAUGAUGUCACAGUACUCCAUAUAUUUUUAAAUAUUCCUCAACCCUUAUCCUUCCCCAACAAAAUUCUGCAUGCAUCUGGAUAAUUAAACAUUUAUACGAUUGAUCCUCUGAAAGUCAGUUAUAAGAAGGGUAGGCAUAAAUUAUCAUUGCAACUGAGAACAGAAAUUCUGUUUCUUCUUUUAGAAAAUGGCGGAUAGUAAAUUAUUUACAUUUUUUAUUUUAUUUUUUACAAUUAAUUUAUUGUUAAUCAGUUCAUUUACAAAUACAGCGCAUAGAUUUUAUACUGUCUGAUUAUCUACAACAAUUUAGUUCUGUAAAUAGUGCAAUUAGCUUUGAUUUCAUAUUUUUCAAAUACAUUGAUGAAAUGUUACAUUUGACAAUUAUUGUAUGUACCUGUAUUGUUAGUAUUGCUUGUAAAUAUUUACGUGAUUUACUUGGUUAUGAAAUGGGCAUUUUUCCACAAACAAAAUGAAUUAUUAAUUAAUUGAUAAUAAGCUGUGAUUUUCAUUGUGUAGAAAAUUAUAGUCAGUCCUAACAGAAUUUAAAGGCAUAACUUUUAUUUUUAAACAGAGUAUGAAAUUGAAAUAAUGUUUUACAAUUAAGGCAUGAAACCUAAUUUUGGAUACUUCUUCCAUGCAGAGAGAGGGGGGGGGGGGGGGAUUUAUGCCUAUUUUAAGUAUAUGUAACAUUUGAUAAAUGAUAAAAAAAAAAUUAUAAUGACUUACAUGUACAAGUUGAUUUUGUAAAACAGGCUGUGUUUCUAUGUCUCCACUUCAAUGUACGUGUAUCAUAUACAUAUAGCUUCCCUGUAUCUGUUCCAUAUUUCACCCUUGUUUUCAUCAUUUUGAGUUGAAGAUAUUGCUGUCACACUGAGAAACCAUUUUUUGAAAGAAAGUAAUUACAGAAGAAACUGCUCAUGAAUUUGCUUUUAAUUCUUACAUUUUUUACAUCACAUUUACCUAAUAAUUCACCAUGGUAUUGCAAUAAUUUUACUCUGUGAAUUUAUUCCCUAUUAUUUUUUGUUGAGCAAUAAUUAUUGUUUACAAUACGGUGUUAAUAUUCCACUGAGGUGUUACUUACUUUGUUUCUGAGGUCAGAAAGACAGUUCCAGAGUUUAUGUGCCGUAUGCUCCAUGGAAAGGAAGAUGGGGGGGGGGGGGGGCUGGGUAUGUCUGUGCCAAGGAAAAAAUUCAGGGGAUGGAGUUUGUCAAUCAAAGAAUUGAAAUUUCAAGAAUUAAUGAUAUUUUGACAGAUGUUUGGGGGGGGGGGGGGGGGGGGGUUAUUGUUGUCUAGAACGCUUUCCUCUAUUCCAUAUCCAAACAUUUGUGGUGCAAACUUCAAUGAUGAGGAAUAUGUACAGACAGACUGUUCCGAGGCCAUUCCCGUGUUCUUGUUAAAGAGUCGUACUGUUGACAUGUAUUAUACAUACUGUACAGGUGUAUUGUUAUGCUUUUUAUUCGAUUGUUGGCAAAUAAAUUAAGGCAAAUGAUGAAA